AGUUUCGGUGGACACCGGGCGAUCGUCCGCCCCUUUCACUCUUUGUCUUUUCAGAGAACGCAUGCUGGUAUUGAAAUCAUCCUAAGCAUCUUAGGGAGACUGGUGUCCACAGGUCUUCUGAAAGCCAGCCAGAGAGGAUCCUCUCCCCUGCAGCCUUCUUCAGAGCCGAGGGAGCAUGAGCCACUUGCAGAACUUACUGCUCGAUUCCCUCCUGGGCACGAAGCACGUGGACAGCGCAGCCCUCAUCAAGCUCCAGGAGCGGAGCCUGUCUGUAGCAUCACCAGGGUUCAGCGUAAUGCCCAGUGACGUCCGAACACUUGUGAAUGGGUUCGCCAAGAACCCUUUGCAAGCCAGAAGAGAAGGACUGUAUUUCAAGGAAAAGGACUACAAAUGCGUCCGGGCAGACGAUUAUUCUCUUUAUGCUAAGAACGAAAACACUGGUGUGAUUGUUGUGAAGACCCACCUGUAUCUUCUGGUGGCAACUUACACAGAGGGCAUGUACCCUAGUGUCUGCGUGGAGGCCACAGAGAAGCUGGGAGAAUAUCUAAGAAAAAAGGGAAAUUAAGUCAUCAGAAGACUAUGAAGGACAGCUUUUAUUGUUUCAGAAGAUAACUACAGAUUCUAAAAAAAAGCAAUGCCUUCUUCUGUUGUUGAAAAAGACCAGGCAGAAUAUACUGAAAAGGAAGAAUGAGUUAAUAGAGCAAUUUUUUUAAUUUCAAAAGAUUGAAAUUAAAUUGACUGGAAUUAUUGGGCCAACUUGUUUUUUUUAAGUGUUAGUCAUUGGCAUGAGUGUGAGAACACUGAUAGUGUCACAGGGCAUAUCUGUUGGGAGCAAUUAUGCCAGUCUCUACUUUCAUAGGGUUUUUUACACUUAUUUAUUUUUAAUUGUGGCAAAAGACAUAUAAUAUAAAAUUUACUAUCUUAACCACUUUAAGUAUCCAGUUCACUGGCAUUAAGUACAUUCACAUUGUUGUGCAAAC